AUGGCUCCAGUCACAUCUUCUCCAAGGCUAUCACGGAUAUCCGUCCUAUUCCUCUUCAUUUUCUUCAUCACACCCACACAAGCAUCCGCUCUCUUCGUACGCCAAGCAGGGACAUGUGGAGGCAAUGCAGAACUUCAGCAAUGCGGAGGUGACUUUCCGUCUUCCUUUUGCUGCCCCAAGUCUUCUACUUGCAUGAAUCUUAACAGUGGCUCUGUCAAGUCUGUCAUUUGCUGUCCAGCUGGCUCGGACUGCUCUUACAUCCAACCCACCACCUGCGAUGUCGCACAGCUCAAUGCUACCUUACAUCCAGAAAACCAGAUGCACCUCUCCGAGACUGAUGGUGUUGAGCUACCAAAGUGCGGUGAUAAGUGCUGCUCUCUCGGAUAUACAUGUCAAGGCAACAUGUGUGCCAAAGACACCUCCCCUAAACCGUCUCCAUCCAGCCCCUCUACCGCAACACCCUCACCCUCACCCUCAUCCACCUCCCCUGCCUCUGCAUCUCAAACCUCAGAUUGCCCAACUUCUGCCCCAGUCGAAACAAAAUCCUCGUUCGACGGGCGUUCCUUUGCCGCAGGCUUCUUCCCUGGCCUCGUCAUCGGUGCCCUGAGCACCCUCGCUCUCCUCUGGGUCAUCAAGAAGCGCCGUGAAUCGCAAUCCAAAGAGCGAUACUCUGGUGACUUCGGGCAUGUAGCACGUCAAAUCAGCGACCCCAUCUACGACCCCCAGCUUGCCGCACGUACAGAUUUCAUGCGGAGGGGAAGUCGGUCAGUGGCCUCUUCUCCAAACUCAGCCGACAGGAUCGCGCAGGGCAUGAAGGAAUCCAACAACACUGUCGUUCAUGGCUUCACCCCCAGGAUCAAAAGCAUGUGGGAGCGUACCCCGAAGCUGAACUUUGGCUUCGGUUUACCUGCAAACCCUGCACCUCCUGCUGUCCGGGCAGGAAACCCUUAUAAUGAUCCUUACCAAACGCCCCCGCCAAAACCUAAACGUAUUCAUUCGGCGCGCCGCACGAGCUCGAGGCGUACCAGCGCUAUACCACCUCAUGUCCAACCCCAGUACCAGCAGGGUCGUCCAGGUGUAGGACGAGUAGACAGUUCUGAAACUAUCGAUGUGCUGAUGCCAACGACGGGAAGUGGAUACCCCAUGAACCACAACAAUGACUCGGGCUUCUUGCAACCCCCACAAGCUCCUGGCAUGAGAGGCGCAAACCGCUUCACAGCGGAUUCUGGCCAUACAACUUUUACCAAGUUGAUGGAGCGGGCGGGGUUUGACGAGGAACCAAUGCAGGCAGUCAGAGACUGGAAGACCCCCAGAGUCUAG